AUGGCUCCUUUACAAGUGAUGUUGUUUCUCAUAACUCUGCUGUUCCCAUUGAUGAGCACUGAAGGAAGGGUACUGCCACAAACUCAGACAGAAUCCACCAUAUCUUCAACUAAUAAUACAAAUCACAAGGCUGCCUUGGACAAGACUGACUGUCAAGGUGAAGGAAAUAUACAGGGCUGCGAAAAGGUAUUCUGUGCUUCCAAUCAAGAGCAAAUAUUAUGUGGAGAUGUGGCCAAUGCUAAUCAACACAAGUUAAACCUGUCUCAGAACAUGAUGUCCCAGAGGACCUGUUGUACUCAAAACCAUCAAGUGGACCAUGUAUACUUCAAUUACUCAACCAAUAGGCUUCAAGGGACCAGAGUUAGGGACCACGAAAUCAAUUCGACACACAACGUUAUUUCCUAUCUCGAUAAAUACUUGGAGUCAGUGAAAGAGGUGUUGCUUUUCCGUUAUACUUCACUAAAGUCUCCUGGCAUUCUAUAUGCUGUGUCUCCUAGAAGUCUCUCUUUUUUAAGUCCUAUUGCUUCUUUUGUUAGCCACAGAAACAAAGCAGACUACAGACUAUAA